UUGAAAGUUCCAAAGAACAGGUGGAGUAAUAAGCAUACUUGUCUCCGUACAAACACCAUCUUCUUCUUCCCUUGACCUCUAUAUAUACUCUCAACAAAUCAUCAUCUUCUUUCUCAGAUCUCUUUUAACUUCUUUCAGCAACAUUUUCAUACACUAUAGUGCUUAAGUCUUUGAAGAUGGGUACUGAGGAGAAUGGUGAAAAAGUUCGUGAAACUCGUCCAACUCCUAAAUUAAAUGAAAGGAUUCUGUCAUCUUUGUCUAGGAGAUCAGUUGCUGCUCACCCUUGGCAUGAUCUUGAAAUUGGACCUGGGGCACCUAUGAUUUUUAAUUGUGUUGUGGAGAUCACUAAAGGAAGCAAGGUCAAAUACGAACUUGACAAAAAAACUGGAUUAAUUAAGGUUGAUCGAAUAUUGUACUCAUCAGUAGUUUAUCCUCAUAACUACGGUUUCAUCCCAAGAACUCUAUGUGAGGACAAUGAUCCACUUGAUGUCUUGGUUCUCAUGCAGGAGCCAGUUCUUCCUGGUUGUUUCCUAAGAGCCAGAGCCAUUGGACUCAUGCCUAUGAUUGAUCAGGGGGAGAAGGAUGAUAAAAUUAUUGCUGUAUGUGCUGAUGAUCCUGAGUACAAACACUAUACUGACUUGAAAGAACUUGCACCUCAUCGCCUCUCUGAGAUUAGACGUUUCUUUGAAGAUUACAAGAAGAAUGAGAACAAGGAGGUAGCAGUUAAUGAUUUUUUACCUGCAUCUACUGCUAUUGAAGCCAUCCAAUUCUCAAUGGAUCUUUACGCGGAGUAUAUUCUGCUUACUUUGAGGCGAUAAACAAAAAUAUUAUUCUCUACAAGCUAGAAUAAACCACACUCUAGAUGGCUUUUCAAUAUAUUUUGAUUAAACGUUAUUGUAUUCUGUAUUGAGUUGGAUACUAUAAUAGUUCUUUUGUUUGUUUUACCAAGUGAAGAAGUCACAAUCUGUGAUACUUCAUGUAGAA